AAUUUUGUUGUCACUGAUCCUUCACUUACAAAUUUUCUUCCCUGCUACUAUUCUUCUCCCUCAAAACCUUUCAUGGCUUGAGUCUUUCUUAUCGAGCGCAAAGCUCUACAAAUAUGGCAUCCGAGAAGCGUCCCGCAGCAGCAGACCCCGCUACGCCUCAGGCAUCAAGCUCUUCAGCUCAAACUGACCAACCAACCUCUAUACAUCGUGAAGAUGAAUCUGAUGCCCCAGUGGGGAAACGUGAAGCUUCCUCCUAUCCUGGCUCUUAUAGACCCUCCGACGCUCAGUCAACCUCUUAUGCCUCAACCACUGGACCUAUCCACGACUAUAACACUGGCAUAUCCGACGAUCCAGCUGGAUAUGCAGACGAGGUUGAAGAAUUACCAGCGUAUAGCGAGACCUUGGGUACAAUCGAAGAUGAUGUCGCAGGCCAAGGAACUCAAGCCUCCAUCGCAGAUGAUGGACGUGUGAACAUCAACAUUGACCAGAGCAAUCAUAGGCUAUCAACACUGUUGACACCCGCCCUUCAGAGUCAAUAUAACUUUGCUCAAGCCGAUGAGCCUCUCCCACCCCCAUAUAUACCUCCCUCGUUAGGCGGAGAUGCCUCAGAAAUUCCACCGCCACAGAUGAACGUCGUUAUACACGUCGUGGGUUCAAGAGGAGAUGUCCAGCCCUUUGUUGCUUUGGGCAAGCUUCUCAAGGAUACAUAUGGUCAUCGCGUGCGACUGGCUACACACCCUGUUUUCAGAGCCUUUGUCGAGGAGAACGGCCUCGAAUUCUUCAGUAUUGGGGGUGAUCCAGCCGAACUCAUGGCAUUCAUGGUCAAGAACCCCGGCCUUAUGCCUGGUUUUGAUGUCCUCCGCAGUGGCGACAUUGGAUCACGAAGACGUGGCAUUGCUGAGAUGAUCAAAGGUUGCUGGAGGUCUUGCAUAGAGACAGGUGACGGUUUUGGCGUCGAAGCUUCAGACAAGACCGUCGAAGACUGGAUGUCUAAUGAUGCAAGCUCAAUCGCCUCGAAUGAUCCUAUGGCGAAGCCUUUUGUCGCAGAUGCAAUCAUUGCUAACCCACCCAGCUUCGCACAUAUUCACUGUGCGGAAAGGCUAGGCAUUCCACUUCAUAUGAUGUUUACUAUGCCGUGGUCGCCCACUCAGCAAUUCCCACACCCACUUGCAAAUAUUCAGUCCUCAAACGCAGAGACGACGAUCAACAAUUACAUGUCAUAUGCACUCGUUGACAUGCUUACGUGGCAAGGUCUUGGAGAUGUCAUUAACCGGUUCAGAAAGAAUAGCCUUGGUCUAGAGCCAAUUAGUCUGAUGUGGGCCCCUGGCAUGCUUCAGCGUAUGAAGAUCCCCUACACUUACUGCUGGUCUCCUGCACUCAUUCCUAAACCAAAAGAUUGGGCAAACUUCUUGACCAUUUCUGGAUUCUUCUUCCUCAACCUGGCAUCAAACUACACACCAGAGCCAGACUUGGCUGAGUUCCUUCGAUCUGGACCACCACCUGUGUACAUUGGCUUCGGCUCUAUUGUCGUCGACGAUCCGGAUGCCAUGACAAAGCUAAUAUUCGAUGCCGUCAAAAUGACUGGGCAGCGAGCCUUAGUCUCGAAGGGCUGGGGCGGCUUUGGCGCAGAUCAGCUUGGUAUUCCAGACGGUGUAUUCAUGCUUGGAAACUGUCCACAUGACUGGUUGUUCAAGCAGGUAUCGUGUGUAGUUCAUCAUGGAGGGGCUGGUACUACCGCUGCGGGCAUUGCUGCAGGCCGGCCAACUGUGGUUGUACCAUUCUUCGGUGAUCAACCAUUUUGGGGAGCCAUGGUCGCUCGAGCAGGAGCUGGACCUGAUCCUAUUCAUCAUAAGGACCUUAAUGCAGACAACCUCGCGGCUGCGAUCAACAAGUGUCUGGAGCCGGCGUCGCUCGAACGCGCAAAUGAGCUCUCUGAAAAGAUUGCAACAGAAAAAGGUACCGACAAAGGCGCCCAGUAUUUUCAUCAGAUGCUUGCCUUGGACAAUAUGCGCUGUUCCCUUGCGCCACACAGAAUCGGUGCCUGGCGCGUGAAACGUACUGCGGUUCGAUUGAGUACUUUGGCUGCCACUGUGUUGAUACAGGAGAAGGAAUUGACCUUUGAUGAGCUCAAACUACAUCGACCCAAGGAGUACGAAACUGAUGGCGGACCUUGGGAUCCUGUGACCGGCGGUGCGUCUGCAAUUAUGGGUACAAUGUCGACCAUGAUGAUGGGCGUAGCCGAUUUCCCGAUCGAGACGCUAAAAGGCCUGGGAAUUCAUCCAGAUGCUGCCAAGAAACGGAAAGAAGAGAAGGAAGCAGCCAAGGCUCAACUUCACGCCGCAAGUACAGAUACCCUAACUGAGACUAAAACUCUUGAUCGACCGUCAGUGGAAAGCGACAGUAAAUCUUUCAGGAACGACUCAAUUUCGAAGCCAUCGAACCGAACGCCAACCAUAGGCUUGAACGAUAGCACAGAUAAUAUAACUAGAGUAACGUCUCCUGAAAGUGUUAGUGGUGUCCAGACACCGUCAAGCGAGCGAGCAAACUUUUUGGCGCAAGCCAUGCGCCAGCAUUCAGGCUCAAAGUCACGGCCGUCUUCGCCUGCACGUGAACACAGUGAAUCCCGGGGAUCAGGCUUCGGGACGCCAGGCCGGUCCAACACACAGCAGUCGUCCGUGGGAGGGUCAGGCUCAAGUUCUUUUGGGAUUGAACCCGCCAUUGGUACCACCAAAGGUAUUGGUCGUAUGGUUGGUGCUGGAGUCAAAGCGCCAUUAGACUUUACUAUGGCGAUAUCGAAAGGUUUCCAUAAUGCUUCUAGACUAUAUGGUGAGGAGCCUCGUCAAGUCGACAAGGUCACCGGCUUUCAGAGCGGCAUGGCAGUGGGUGCAAAGGAAUUUGGACGCGGCAUAUUCGACGGUAUUACAGGUCUUGCCAAGGACCCCAUCAAAGGCGGCAAGAAAGACGGCUUCGCAGGCUUUACCAAGGGGAUUGGAAAAGGUCUCAUCGGGUCAUUUCUAAAACCAGGCGCCGCAACAUUCGCCAUACCGGCCUAUACGAUGAAGGGAAUCUAUAUGGAGUUCUCCAAAAAGUUUGGACCAAACAUCGACAACUACAUCUUCGCGGCACGCGUCGCACAGGGUUAUGACGAUGUUGGUCGUUCGACCCCCGAGGAACGCAAUGACAUCCUGGUACGCUGGAGGUGCAUCUCAAAGAGUGUCAAGAAGAAGAAGAACCCCGGUAAGGACCAGCUUGAUGGUCUUCAAGCGUUAUUGGAUAAACACAAGGAGAAGAGACGAGUUCUCAUUCGCAAUAAGGAGCAAUCAACGAGCUCUGUCCCGUCAGCAGCAAACACCUACAUCUCACAGCGUGGUGUUCAGACUGGAUAUUCUGCUAACAACGCGUCAUCUGCUUCGGAUGGUGGAAGUCUAUAUGCAGCGUAUAGACCUAGCGGAAGUGCAUCUCGCGCUUACUCAACGACAGGCCCUACUUCUCCUGAUUCAUUAUCGCCAAAUAACAACCUCACUCACUCUCAGACCUAUCCGGACCCGAACAGAAUUCCAAACUCUCCCAGCCACCCUGGUAUUCCCGAGCUUCCCGCCUACCGUGAUCUAUCUGGAUCACAGACUACGUUCGCUGGCGAGAAAGAUCAAUCCAGACGCGAAUUUUCGCAUUCUAUGCCACAAACCCCUAUUCCUGGCCCCUCGGACGAUCAAGUCAUGGAACGUGCCCUUCAGGCCAGCAUCACCGAAAUGCAACGUCAACGCGAUCUACAGAGCCCUGGUGAGGAGGAAGACGAAGAAGCGAUGCUUCAGCGUGCUAUAGCUGCUUCCAUGGCCGAAGCUAGUGCGUCUGGUGCCUCAGAACAGGAACAGCGCGAACUAGAGGAAGUCAUGCGCAAGAGUAUCCACGAAACGACGGCACGCAAAAAGGUAGCACGUAUGAAAAGAGUACGAUCUUCUGACAGCGAAUGGGAAAGCGACUCGGAUGAGUCUUUCGAAGACGUCAGUAGUGCACAGGUGCGCGAAGAGGAGGAGCUACGUCGCGCUAUGGUGGCGAGCACGCAAGACCGGCUUGAAGGAGAUACGGCGUGGGAGGAGCAGCGGAGAAGGGAAGAGAUUGAACUCGCUGAAGUGUUGCAGCAGAGCAAGAACGACGUCGAAGCCAGAGGUGCUGCAGAUCCAAAUGAUGAGGAACGGCGUAGGGAGGAGGCAGAGCUUGCGGAAGUGCUUCAGCAGAGUGCAGCCGAUGAGGAGGCCAAGAGGCGUGAGAAGGAAGAAGAGGAGAGAGAGGAGGAAGCUGUGCUGGAGUAUAUCAAGCAGGAGAGUCUCAAAGAGGCCGAAGCACAAAGACGAGCGAGAACCGGCAUGGGAGGCUUGGGGAUGGGUGGCGAGUCGAGUGGAAGUGGUGCCGGACCUUAGGGGUAGUGAGACUGCGAACGUGUAUGAGAAGUAACAAUGCUAUGAUACCCUCAUGAAUGGACAAAUGGAGUUUACAAUGCCC